AUGAGGUUGCUAGGGUUAUUGGUUUUAAUCGUGUCAGGGGUGUGUUUAGUGAAUUGCACGCAUUUGGUGGUCGGAAAUGUAGCUGAUAGAGUAGUUCUUGCCCAUCAUGAAGACUUUGAAUACAAUGCCAUGCCGUUCUUCAAGAGGAUCAAAUCUUUCUUUUAUUCCUCACCUACCAAUAAACCUAUACGGGGUAUACAAGCAUUGGACAACGACCACAGCAAGGCGUCAGUCAACAUAACGGCGGGUGGAAUUGGCUAUCCGUUUGUUAACUUACGAAUCAAAAGCGAGAGGGGAAGCAGACUGAGCUACGAUAUUGGAAUUUAUGUUAGCCCAGAUUUUAUUUAA